AUGAGCUCCAAAUCAAAGUACCAGAAGGUGGACACGACGGACAACUUCCAUGUGGGCCCCGAUCUAAUGGACGACGACGACGACGAUAUAUUCAUCACGCCGGACAUUGAGGCGCCAAAGUCACACCUACCACCUAAAGCACAGAAGACAGAGGCACCGAAGCCACAACCCGCUGUUAACACAGCAAGACCCGCUGUUGGGACGUCAGCGAAUGCCAAUGCUUCUCAAGGGGGGUCUUUCUUCAACCUGUCAUCAUUCAUUACACCACAGCUACCCUCGUUUGUGCAGAUCGAAACAAGGGAGAGACCUUUCAGCGGGGGAAACACGCUUGACGAAUCGGUACUUACCACUUUGCACAGGGACCUUAUGACCAUUGGUGAUAAGCUUUUGUCCAUCUUGUGGCCAUUGCGCCUCCGCCAGUCGUUGAUUGCCGUCAAGAAGAUAAGCAACAGAUUUUCUCCGGGAAGUGGAGACGUGGAGGAUUCGAUAGGAGGCAGCGGUGGUGUGGGUGACAGCUCGACAUCCUUGGGUUCCGGCGGUGAGGAAUACACGUCCGAGACUAUGGGGAAGAUUAGGGAUUGGGACCUUUGGGGGCCCUUGGUUAUUAACCUUGGAUUCAGUUUGAUCAUUACAUAUCUACAGACUAGAAGUUUGAACACCGGCGGAGAAAACUCCCGUGGAAAAGAUGCAUCUAGUCAGACAUUCAGUGCCGCCUUUACGCUCAUAUGGGCUUCGCUUGCAGUACUUUCAAUCAACAUCCAACUCUUAAGCCCUGUGCAACAAAAACUUGAGAACGGAGGCAUGACAAACGGAGUGGUCGGCCUCAGCUUUUUCCAGUGUAUUAGUUUACUCAGCUAUGCGCUCUUUCCUAUUGCCUUGGGUGGAAUGUCCUCCAUAUUUAUUCCAUUCAAGUUUGUCAGACUCAUCAUCAACGUCGUUAUGUUAUUCUGGGCGUUGCUCUGCACAUGGUUGAUCAUGGCCAUUGCCAGCAACUGCAAAAGAAAGGGGAGUUUGACCUUGGUGGCCAACGACGACGACAACCAGGGUGACCAAAGGAUAUUUUUGAUGGUGUAUCCGGUCUUCUUAGUCUUCGGUUUGUUCUCAUGGUUCUGUGUUAUUGUGUGA